UACAUCUCCCACCAGGCCUGGCGCCUGAGAUGAUCCUGAGCAUGCGCAGUCUGUUCCGUCCUGCGGGAGCCGGGCAGGCCGCUGGCUGGAUUCUCAAGCAGCCGGGGAGCGGCGCUGGGCAGCGACGGGCACUCCUGGAGGUUGAUGCAGGUGGAGGCUGCCCGUGGACCAGCUAGUGAUGGUCGGCUAUGACCCCAAAUCUGAAGUGAAGUCCAUCUCCGCUGUGGAGGUGGCUGUGGCAGGAUCUGCAUCUGGGUUUGUCACUCGGGCUCUAAUCAGCCCUGUGGAUGUCAUCAAGAUUCGCUUUCAGCUUCAGAUUGAACAACUCUCCCCCAGAAACCCACUGGCUAAAUAUUAUGGCAUCUUGCAAACUGCACAUCGGAUCUGCCAUGAGGAAGGGCUGACAGCAUUCUGGAAGGGGCAUGUGCCCGCUCAGCUCCUCUCAGUCAGCUAUGGAGCUGUCCAGUUUGUGACCUUUGAAUGCCUGACGGAAUUGGUGCACAAUGCCACAUCAUACGACACUCGCAACUGCAACGUGCACUUUGUGUGUGGCGGCCUGGCUGCUUGCACUGCCACCAUGACGGUUCAGCCUCUUGACACACUACGCACCCGCUUUGCUGCUCAGGGCGAGCCUAAGGUUUAUCGAAAUCUUCGUCAUGCUGUGGUGACCAUGUACCAAACAGAAGGGCCUCUGACCUUCUACAGGGGUUUGACCCCCACUAUCAUCGCUGUCUUUCCAUACGCUGGUCUCCAGUUCUCCUUUUACAAUCUUCUGCAACAAUUGUAUAAAUGGGUGAUGCCGUCGGAAGGAAGGAAUGCAGGUAAUGUUAAAAACCUCGUGUGUGGCAGCUGUGCCGGAGUUAUCAGCAAAACCCUUACUUACCCUUUUGACCUAUUUAAAAAGCGGUUGCAGGUGGGAGGCUUUGAGCAGGCCCGGGCAGCCUUUGGGCAGGUGCGGACGUAUAAGGGUUUAAUGGACUGUGCUGGGCAGAUUGUGCGAGAGGAGGGGCCUGUUGGAUUGUUUAAGGGUCUCUCUCCCAGCUUGCUGAAGGCUGCUCUCUCUACUGGCUUCACCUUCUUUUGGUAUGAGUUCUUCUGCAACCUGCUGUAUGCCCUGAAGGACACUGGCAGCACUAAGGGGCAGGAGGGCUGAAGAAGCAGAACUCAUCAGCUGCAGUUAUUCUGUGGAGGAGUAAGACUAGUCGUCUCAUUGUCACAUGGAGUGGGGUGGGGAAUGGCUCCUCCCUGCCAGGGCUCUGAAAACACAUGUCCACUAGCUUUGGAGGAAAGAUCUGUUUGCAACAAAACCAAAGGAGCAGGUGACUGCAGCUUCUGUUGAGGACACUGAGUCCUGGGGUACACUGAGCAUCUUCCAUCAUAUCUCCUAUAGUGUCAGCAUUCACUUUGGGAGAAGGGGUUUUAUAAAAACCUAAUGCUAAUACCCGUCUGACAACAUGCUCUGAAGAGGCAUCUGACCAAAUGUAUGAAAUCCUUCAAGCAGAGGGACCCAUCUGACUUAGCUAGUGCCACUCAGCUAGUGUCUAAUGAUGCCACAUCUUUAAAGAUUCAGCCCUCUGCUUAGGACCUUUCCAUUUGCUGCAUAUUCUCAUCUCCCUGCUGUACAGGUAACCCCUUCCUUAUUCUGCAGACACCUGUCUUCUCUUUGUCAUUGACAUUUACCAGCUCCACAUCCUCAGCCACCUUAAACGUAGCGUCAUCUAGCAAAGUUUAUGCCAACCCUGAUUUGCUUUCUCACUACAAGUGGCAAGCUUACUUUUGUUUUACAGGUGUCCCUUAUUCUGCCUGUGAGUUCUGCUGUGGGCUUCUUAGGGUUCUAUUUUGCUAGUGUAAUGCUCUUACAAACAGGUCUGCAGCUCUAAUGCUGUUUGCUCUCAGGAAGGUCUCUCAAUGCACAAAACCUGUUCUUGCUUCGCACUGACAUGUUGGGGCUCUGCUUUGCUAUUAGAUUGUCAUGAUUAAACAGAUUGCUAUAAAGACUCUUUUUUUUUUUUUUUUUUUAAUCUACCUUAAAAUAAUGAAGAUAGUCCUGUGGAAACUAGUGACUCUUCGGUCAUCAGAGAGCCAACGAAUUGCUGAGCACCUGGUGCAGUUGGGAAAUUAAUUCUUUGAAUCUGUUGCUGAGGCUUGAGAGAGACUGAAAGAAAUGACAUAGUUGCUCUGUGCAGGGAAUUGGAGCAGAUCUUCCUCCCUGGAAAUAUUUCCAAACCUUCUUUACUGUGGGUGAUUUACUAAUGAUCUUCAAACCUGUCACAGUCCCUUAUCGGGACUGAAGGGCAAAGAAGCUUGAGGAGUUUGGAGUUGUUUGUUUUAGUUUGUUUUUAAUUUUUCUGAAGCAGCCUGGUGAGCCUCCAUCUGCACUAGUAGGGAAUGAAUGGGUAGAGAGACUCCACACUGAUCAUGGUUUGUUGCACACUGGGCUGUUGAUCAUACAUGUGAUGGGUCUAUAUAAUAUGAUCAUUUAGCUGGUGGGGAAGGGAUUUAGUGGCCUCUGUAGUAGAAUGAAAAGACAAACCAUGAUAGACAGUCAUUUCACCUCCUAUCCUUGAUGUCUG